UUCCCUCAACGGCGUUGCCGGCACACUGAUCCUUUUGCCCUCGGUCUUGAACAGAUUGACAAUGAAUGUGCCAUUGGUUGUAUAGGAGAAGAUGCCUUAUUUUCAGGAAUAUCGUUGUUCUUGAAGCUCAUAAUUUCUAAGGGAUAGCUUGGGAGUUGGGAAUGGCAGGAGGUGGAGGCGGUGAAGGUAUCAAUCAUGCAAGGGAGCUCGAUCAGACUCCCACAUGGGCUGUCGCUGUAGUUUGUGCUGUUAUCAUUUUGAUUUCUAUAAUUUUGGAGAAAGUUCUUCAUAUGAUUGGAGAGUGGUUUCAAGAGAGAAAAAAGAAAGCUUUGUUUGAAGCUCUCGAGAAAAUUAAAGGCGAGCUUAUGGUUUUAGGAUUUAUUUCCUUACUCUUGACAUUCGGGCAAAGCUUCAUCACUAGAAUGUGUAUUCCCAUGAAGUUUGCAGAUACAAUGUUACCUUGCCCCAUAAGAAGAGGGAGUGACCAUCAAGAACCUCACGAGGAGCCUAAGAUGGGCAAGGGAGAACAUCAUCGCAAGCUCCUAUGGUACGAGCGUAGAUUUCUAGCUGGGGGUGCUGGACCAGCUUGCAAGCUGGGGCACGUGCCACUUAUAUCUGUGAAUGGUUUACAUCAGUUACACAUCUUCAUAUUCUUUUUAGCAGUCUUCCAUGUGAUCUACAGUUGCAUAACAAUGAUGCUUGGAAGACUAAAGAUUCGUGGCUGGAAGGAAUGGGAACGGGAUAGUAUUCAUGACCAGGAAUUUCUAAAUGAUCCUAAAAGAUUCAGGCUUACUCAUGAGACAUCAUUCGUAAAGGAUCACACCAGUUUCUGGACUAGAUCACCGUUCUCCUUCUAUUUUGUCUGCUUCUUUCGACAAUUUUUCAGGUCUGUUCGCAAGGCUGACUACUUGACAAUGCGACAUGGAUUUGUUAGUGUUCAUUUAGCACCUGGAAGUAAGUUUGACUUUCAAAAAUAUAUAAAGAGAUCAUUAGAAGAUGACUUCAAGGUAGUUGUAGGAAUCAGUCCACUAUUAUGGGCAUCUGUGGUCUUCUUUCUGCUUAUUAAUGUUAGUGGAUGGGAUGCUAUGGCUUGGGUUUCAAUACUUCCUCUAGUUGUGAUAUUAGCUGUUGGGGCAAAGCUUCAAGCAAUAAUAACACAAAUGGCCCUCGAAAUCACAGAGAGACAUGCCGUAAUCCAAGGAAUACCUCUUGUACAAGUCUCGGACAAUAAUUUUUGGUUUGGUUGGCCUAAGCUAGUUCUUCAUCUCAUCCAUUUCGUCUUGUUCCAGAAUGCCUUUGAGAUAACAUAUUUCCUUUGGAUAUGGUAUGAGUUUGGACUGAGAUCUUGUUUUCAUGAGAGUUUCACUCUUAUAAUUUUAAGAGUUGUUCUCGGUGUAGAAGUCCAAUUUAUGUGCAGCUACAUCACACUUCCUCUGUAUGCCCUUGUUACUCAGAUGGGAUCAACCAUGAAGAGGUCAAUCUUCGAUGAACAUACUUCCAAGGCACUAAAGCAGUGGCAUAAAAAAGCUGUAAAGAAAAAGAAUGAUGAGAGGGGAUCAUCUCCACCUCGGACUUUGGGUGGAAGCCCCUCCAACUCAGUUGUGCAAUCCCCACCACAUCCACAUCAACAUCCUCACAACCAGUUUUAUGGUGUGGAAGCAGACAAAUCUUCUCCUAAGCAAACAGAAAACAUUAUGGCGAGCAUGGACCUUCCAAGGGAACAAAAACCGACUAAGAAUGAUGACUUCGGCGACCUACUAAGUGGAUGAAACUGGGAGUUGAGUUCUGGAACUCUUAGGCUAGGAACCAUCUUCGGUUGAUUGGCUUGACGUUGCCCAACCGUAUGCAGCCAAAAGUCCAUUUUUUCCUACUGCAUAACGUUGUUCUUCAUCAACUUUGUGUACAAGUAGACUUGUAGCCUUUUGUUGUCCAUCUUCUCGAUUAGUGUCAGCCUUGAAGUGUCAAUUUUACCAUGUUUGAUGGGAAAUAAUACUCGCAAGUAAAUGCUCACAGUUGCCUACA